AUGGAUCAACCAACGGGACACAGAACAAUCCGAGAAGCACGGCAGAUAAUCAUCCGGCCGGUCACCAUGACGACAUCCGCUGGAACAGUCGUCUCCCGCAUCGAAUCCAUCCUGGAGGCUAUUCUGGACUGCGUGGCCCAAGGACAGGAGCUCAGCAUCGACUUUGUGUCCAACAGAUCAGGAUCAGGAAAUAGCCCGCAAACGGUCCGUUUCCCAGGAAGGACUGCUGUGGAAGCCACAAAGUUUGCCCGGAUACUUCUCAUCCUGCAGCUCGCCCAUGAUGCUCUCGUCUCAGGAACAGUAUUGACCAAGCGUCACAUUUUCUACCAACAUCAAGGGCUUUUCGUGAGGCAAAGAACCGUAGACGAGUUGGUGGACAACCUUGCCUCUGCACUCAACGUUCGACGUGACGACUUGAACAUUGUUGCAUCUUCCAAAGGUGUUUUCUUGGGGCCUCUGAGUAUUCGCCUCCAAGACAGCACAGUGAUUGGUCCCGCUACUGGAGAGGUAGUUCGUAUAUUCACUCGCAACAAUUAUUCAUUGCCGUUUUCUUACUCUAACGCGAAGGGAUACCCAGACAUGCUUACAUGUUCGUUUGUGCAACUGAUUCGCUUCAACUGCCCACAUAUACCAAUCUUUGUCUUGGCUGAUUACGACCCUGAUGGGCUCAAUAUUCUUCGCCACUACCGCCUCAAAUCGGAGAUUGUGUCUGAAGGUUUUACGGCUCCGGCAAUACGCUGGUUAGGAAUCAAAUCGCAAGAUCUCCUAGAGCGCGAGAGCCGUCUUGAUAUGCUGAGAAUACCAUCUCCGGACAGCUUACAGCUACUGGAGGGCCAAUCAUCCAGGGAAAGCACGGGCUCCAAAACCUCCAUCUCGUCUACUGAAUGUCGUGAACCAAUUUCAGCCCUUACAACACGAGAUCGAAACGUCGCCGUUGGAAUUUUAAAAAAGCUUGUAGACUCUGGAGAUGAUUCUACAGCCGUCGAACUUGGACGAGAGCUUCAAGUUAUGUUGAUGAUGGGUAUCAAGGCUGAGAUACAAUGGCUCGAUGAAGCAGGCAAUUUGACGGAAUGGCUUGAUACUAAGAUUGGGCAAUUGCUUUUGGGGGCGUGAAGACAUCUGAGGGAAUGAGAGCAACAAAGAGAAGGAUAUUACCACCCAACUCUUUUGUCUCCAAC